AAUCUACAUUAUAAAAAAAGGCAGUAGAGAGUUUUUGUUUUGACGAGCAUUGCUCUCUGGUUGCUGACGAUCCGAAGCUUCACUAUGCGUCCCGGAAUUCACCGGGAUCAGAUCGAAAGAAUCACGGCCGAGUUUCGAGAGAAUGGAAAAGUCAUUAGAGGAAGAGGUAACUGAAAUGGGAGGAGAAGAAGAUCAUAUUACCGCUGCGAUCCCAUUCGUGAUAAGCUACCCGAUGAAGUCCUCGGUCUCAUCCUCAUGAAAUUAUCUGACCCAAAAUCUGUACUCUGUUGCUCUCUCGUUUCCAAAAGCUUCGCUUCCAUUCUCUUCCAAUCCCAAUCCCUUUCCCUCCGGCUCCUCUCCUUCGGCCCCUCCUCCCUCUUAAUUCCAUCCCAACUCCCCCCAACUCAAUAUCCCUCUGACUGCUUCUUCUUCAACCACGCUCUCUUGCUCGGCCUGACAAAACUUGUCUCCCUUUUCAUCAGCGUUCGGUCUCUCCACAUUGAGCUUUUGUGUGAGUGCCCCCAACUCCCACUCACACCCAACCAUCGAUCCUCGUGGGAUUUCAAGUUUGGUCAUGAUAAUCUGAAGACGUUCGCUAUCCUGUCAAAGUCAUCGAUUGAAAAAAUCGGUAAGGAAGGGAGCGAGUCAGAACAACCACGAAACAACAGCUACUUGGAUGGUUUGGAUGAAAAGUACGCAAGGCAGGAGACAACUUGCUCGAUGCAUUACGCAAAUUCGAUAUAUCCGUUGUUACUGCUCCUCGUUUCGCAGCAGCCAGACAUCAAGAGCGUCGAGAUCGUCGACUCCAAGAACCACGGGAAGUUAAGUCCCCAAGGAGAACAACUUGCUAAGCUGAAGAAACACAUGCCGAAUUCGAUGCCACGGGGGAACUCGAAGUUGGUGCCCUGGUAUUAUUUCACCGUGUGGUACGUGCCGGAGCUGGUGCUGCCUCGGUCGGGGUUUGUGAUGAAGAGGGUGACAUUAGGCGUUGGUUCAGAAAACCCGUUUCCUAGUAGCAGUAUUGUUGAUCGGAUUAGGGGAUCAGCUAAUGGUUUUGGAGAUGACAUUAUUUUUGGGGAAGCUUUGACUCAGAUUUUGACAAACUACUAUAAUGUUGAUCAGAUGCAAAUUAACUGAAGGAGCCGCUUUUACAACGGUUGUGUACUUGUAAACUUUAAGUUCGGAACUUAUUUCGGGAAUUUUUUUUUAAAUUUUUCGUAACUUUUUGUUUAGCAUAUCGUCGUAAUUUUUG